AUGGGCAAUCGUUCAGGAAUUGCUGGUUACUUUAUACUUAAUAGUACUAUCUGUAGGUGGCGAAAGUUUUUGGUGGAACCAGGUUGCUCACUAGGUUCCGGGUAUUUUGUUGGAGUUGUACACCAUAGGGUAUGGAAGAUAUGGCGGGAAGACCAGAACACUAUAGGUUUCAAAGUGCUACAUAACUUUUCUCUAGCGAAAGGGGACGAUGAGGAUACUUUAAAGAAGUACUUCCAACUGGAAGUGCCAUUGCAAGAAUUAUAUAAAACUUGGUCGGAGAAUGACUUAUAUUUCAAGCAAGUGUUGGCAGCAAAUGAAGAAAAUCUAACUGGCGUUCGCAUUCUCGCUCAAGAUCCGUUUGAGACCUUACUCGCGUUUAUAUGUUCAUCGAAUAAUAAUAUCAAAAGGAUAACAAGAAUGGUUGAAAAGCUGUGCGAACUGUAUGGCGACAAAGCUACUAUUGUAUCCGAUUUAUCUCGGUCAUCCCUGAACUUCUACGAUAUUGCUGAUCUUCAGAAAAUGGUGGCUGACGAUAAAAUGGAAGAAAAGUUGCGGGAAAAUGGCUUUGGCUAUCGUGCAACUUAUUUAUGCCAGGCAGUGCGGAAAUUAGAACAACUUGGAGGAAUCAUAUGGUUGAGAUCUCUAUCAGAAAUGGAUUAUUUAACUGCCAGAAAGAUGCUAGAGGGGUUACCUGGAGUCGGCCCAAAGGUGACUGGCUUCUUCUUACUUGUUUUUCGACUUGCUGUUAAACAUCACCUUCAUAGAUAA